AUGAUGAGAACCCCAUCGGAGGUGAACAUGUGCAUGUGCAACGUGUUAAAGACACGUGUCGCCUUAGCUAAGACCAAAAAUCAACUCCCGUCCCAAGAGUCCAUGAUAUACGGCAAACUUGUACUCUCCGUGUCGAUAACGAAGUUACCACAAGCAUGGGCAUUGAUAGAAAAUUUUCACUUUGAUCUACAAAACAUGUUGCAGUUAUUCGAACCAAUUUGUCUCCAACAUAGUUUGAUUCGACUGGUUCUCCGGUGGCCCAAGGUCGCUUCGCAUUGCCUGUCUCAUGAGUUAGAGGGUCUUACCACAGCUGCUGGCACAGAGUUAGCCGAUGCUUAUUCCCUAGAUACCGUCAUUGCUUCUUCUCGGAGAAAAGAAGUUCACGACCCGUGGGCCCUUUUAAAUAAGAGUGAAGUAAAUCUUUUGAGAAUUGAAUAUUUUCUCCCAGAAGAUUUAUACGAGCCGACAGCCGCACCCACCAACAGUCUCCGCCAACUCGACACCAAAGUACAGAUAGAAAGUGGGGGAGAAUCAAAGCCUAAGUUUGAAGAACCGACCGCCACAAGAAAGUGGUCGGUGCCCGCCUCCACGAGAAGACUCGCCAGCCGUUGCAACCUCCCCGCCAUGGCCAUCGAAUUGAAGAGGAAUUCACUUGUAGAAGGCCACGAAAACUCGCCCAGUCUCUCGCCGUCAGUCAAGGUGUCGUCCCAUGCGCCGGCCUCGCUGGGGAAGAGGGACCCACCGGUGGAGAGGCACAAAAACGAACCAGGGUCAGAAACUAGGUCUAGCAAAAGGAACACAAAAGUAAAUUUCUUGAAGAAGCCGAUGAUCGUGAAGGGGCUCGGUAUCGUCACUAUAAAUGAGCUCGUGCUGUUUAUAUUGUUCGUUGCUCUUUGUGUUUGGUAUUUCGCGUAUUACGUGCGCCACUGGUUUAAGCAAGUCCCCAUGCUCUCGAUGACUAGACAUGAAAAAACGUGGCAAACUAAGCUAGACAGAGUUGCUAUAGUAACAGGGGUAACAGGGAAUUUAUGCCUAACAUUUUUAUUCUACCCUGUGACAAGAAAAUCGUCGAUUUUGCCGAUGAUUGGGCUAACUUCUGAGGCGAGCAUUAAGUACCACAUUUGGCUCGGCCACAUGACUAUGGCCCUUUUUACGGCUCAUGGAUUUCUCUACAUUGUCUAUUGGGCCUUGACCAACAGAAUAUCCGAGAUGAUUAAAUGGAAUGACCAUUAUGUAUCAAACAUAGCUGGGGAAAUCUCUUUACUAUGUGGAUUGACUUUGUGGGUGACAACUUACCCUAACAUAAGAAGAAAAAUGUUUGAGCUCUUUUUCUACACACACCAUCUCUACAUUGGCUUCAUCAUCUUCUUCAUAUUGCAUGCUGGCAUUGGCUUCGCUUGCAUUAUGCUCCCCGGUUUUUAUCUCUUUGUGAUCGACCGAUACCUUAGGUUCCUACAAUCGAGACAAAAUGUGCGUUUAGUUUCUGCUCGAGUACUACCGUGUGAAACUGUUGAGCUUAAUUUCGCCAAGUAUCGAGGCUUGACUUACAGUCCAACAAGUACCAUGUUUAUAAACUUGCCCAUAAUUUCCAAGCUCCAAUGGCAUCCUUUCACUAUAACUUCAAACAGCAGCUUAGAACCAGAGAGGCUAAGUAUUGUAGUCAAAUGUGAAGGCAGUUGGACCAAAAAGCUUUACGACUCGGUCUCAUCUCCAUCCUCCGUGAGCCGUCUUCAAGUAUCGGUUGAAGGACCAUACGGACCCGACACGACAAAUUUCCUCAGGCAUGAUAUGUUGGUGAUGAUUAGUGGAGGGAGUGGAAUAACCCCUUUCAUUUCCAUAAUUACAGAGCUUAUGUUCAUAACCUCAACCAUUCAAAAUUGCAAAAUCCCCAAACUUAUGCUCAUUAGUGUAUUCAAAAACACCUCACAUCUCUCCAUGCUAGACCUCAUACCCCCAAUCUCACACACAAACUCUUGCAACUUGGCCCUACAAAUCGAGGCUUACGUGACGAGAGAAAAGGCCCAACCUACCGAAAAACCACAAUCGAUCCGAACCGUGCAGUUCAGGCCGAGCCCAUCGGACGCCCCAAUCUUCCCGGUAUUGGGCCCCAACAGCUGGCUCUGGCUGUCGACGAUCAUAUCAUCAUCUUUUGUCAUUUUUCUCGUGCUCCUAGGAACUUUCACUCAAUACGUGGUAUACCCUAUCGACAAGAACACCAACUUGUUGUACUCGUACACCAAGAAGAACUCGAUGAACAUUUUCUUGAUUUGCGUGUCCAUAGUUGCAACAGCAAGUAGUGUGUUCGUGUGGAACAAGAAUCGGAAUGCGAAGGAAGACAAGCAAAUUCAAGACAUGGAGAGAAUUGGAAACACAUUUGGUUCGUCGGAUGAUGAUGUGGAAUUACAGAGCCUUCCCCUGCAAUCGGUUAUCAAGUCCAUCAACGUGCACUAUGGUAAACGGCCUGAUCUAAAGAGGAUUCUAAUGGAGAACAAAGAAUCCAAUUCCAAUGUUGGUGUACUUGUUAGUGGGCCUUGGAAGAUGAGAAAAGAUGUUGCGGGCAUAUGCUCAAAUGGGCCGGAUAAUAUCCAUUUUGAGUCCAUCAGCUUCAGUUGGUGAUGAUAUUCUUGAACACCAUUGGAGCCCAUAAUUAUAAUUCUACAUUUGCAUAGCUCAUAUUUGGAUUUGGAGCAGUUGUAUAACAACUAAUAAUUAAUAAUAUAGUUGUUGUGUCACUAGUUUGUGUUUGUUUAUUGGAUUAAACUACUUUGAUAUAAUAGGGUGAUAGAAAGAUGGUGAUGUGUGAGUUUAGUAGUUGUUAGAUCUUAAAAGUAUUGUGUUGUGUAUAGUACACAAUUAUGAUAAUGGUAUUAUGUUAUCCUUUAUAUCAUUAUAACAUGAUCCAUGUUUACUAUUGUUAGUUUCUUUUUGGGGAUAAGUUUAGAUAUUGGAG